AUAACGUCUACAAGAAAUGUCUUGCAAACGGGACAUGGGCGCUGAAGGGGAACUAUUCCAUGUGUAAGGCCAUACUUCACGAGGAGAAAAAAGGCAAGAUGCACUACCAGAUAGCUGUGAUCAUCAACUUCCUGGGUCACUGCAUCUCCAUGGUGGCUCUGCUGGUAGCCUUCUUCCUCUUCUUGGGUCUGAGGAGCAUCCGCUGCCUGAGAAACAUCAUCCACUGGAACCUCAUCACCGCCUUCAUCCUGAGGAACGCCACAUGGUUUAUCGUCCAAAUGACCAUGAGUCCCGCAGUGCACGAAAGUAACGUGAUUUGGUGCCGCCUCGUCACAGCCUCCUUCAACUAUUUCCACUCCACCAACUUCUUCUGGAUGUUUGGCGAAGGCUGCUACCUCCACACCGCCAUCGUACUCACCUACUCCACCGACAAGCUGCGCAAGUGGAUGUUCAUCUGCAUCGGCUGGUGUAUACCCUUCCCUAUAAUUGUGGCAUGGGCGAUUGGGAAGCUGUACUACGACAAUGAAAAGUGCUGGUUUGGAAAGCGAGCUGGCGUUUACACGGACUACAUCUACCAAGGUCCCAUGAUCCUUGUCUUAGUG